GCAACGCAUACCUAUCGCCGUACUUGCCACCACUAAUACCAAUUGCAUCCCUCAAAAAAAUACUGCGUGUGAAAAAGACCCGAACUUUUCGCAUACCUUUCGGGUGCCUACUUAUCGAGUGGAAAAGCGCGCGUUACAGAUCAGAUCGAUUCGAUCGCAAGACGGCUGUUCAAAAUGUUAUAAAACACCGCGCCGCGUCCGUAGACAGUCGCUGUUCUACUUUAAAACACUCACCCACACACGCGCGCGCCGCCGAGUGUCAACAGCUGCCCUGGCGAAAAAAUGUCGGACAUUAACGAUGACCUGCUCAACUACGAGCUGGGCGAUGACAUCGAUGACCAGGCUCUUCUCGGCGCCGACGAGGAUGAGUUGCUACUCUCGGACGAAGAGCUCGAAAAGGAUGUCACCAGCGAGGUGAAGUUGCAGAUGCGCGCCGAGGCCGAGGAGUGGGCCCAGGAGCAGAUCAGACAGCACGAGCGCAAGCACAAGGAGCAAUUGCAGGCGGAUGCGACUGCAGCGACUGAAGCGACUGUUGCAGCCACGACCACGGCAGAGGUGGCGCAACCAGAGCUCGCUUCAACUCCUGCUCCGGCUCCUGUUCCUGCUAAACCUCUAGUCGCUCAGGUGGAGAAACAAAUUGACGCAGCCCACGCGGCUGUGGAAUCUGAGCCAGCGAAUGAACUGGUGUCAGCCAGUCGCUCGGAAUCCCCACAACAGCAAGCUAAAGAGGAAGCGCCUCCAGCUGAUUGCGCCGAAAAGGAGGCGACUCAGAAUAAUGGCAACAGCGAGGAGCCAGCUGAGAACGCUGGCAGUCAGAGUGAGGGUGAACGAGGACUGGGCUUGUGCUCGCUGCUGGCCUCAUCGCAGGAGAGCCUGCCCAGCGCCAGCUCAGCCUCUGUGAUUUCAGAGCUACCCGAUCCGCGCGAGGACGACGAAGAGCGCGAGGAGCGCACGAACUACAAGACGGCCAGCGAGCGAUCCGACAACAAUCUGCGGCAGCAUCAAGAACACGCACACAUGUCGCCCUACCAGCACCAGCAGCGGCGACACCACGGCCAUGGAGAUAAACCCCGCGUUGGCGGAGGUGGACGCUUCAUGCAUGGCCAGCAGCAGCAGCAACAGAGCCAGAUGGGCAAGCCGCCGCGUGGAAUCGGAACGCGCCACCAUCUGCUACGCAAUCCGUCGCCAAUUUCGCCCAUUUUCGGCAUACAGCAGCAGCGCAUGGGCAUGGCUGGGAUGCAGCCGCCGCCACAGCGAUAUGGCAUGCCGGGUAAUGCUCCACCACCGCAGCACCUGGCUCUGAUGAGCACGCCAGUGGGUGCUGCUCCCACCACCGCCUGCAUUCUCCCACUAACCGUUCCCGUAUCCCCGCUCACCCUGUCCAUACCGCAAGCCCAUCCCAGCCAUCAAGUUCAUCAACAACAACAGCAAACACUGAGCAAUCCGACAUUCAUUCCAAUUCCAGGCCAGUACCCGGCAACUCAGCCACCCAACCAGUCACCACAACAAGCACCGACCAACACACAACAGCCACACAGCGCUCCUGCCUCUCCCCUCCACACUCCCACGCAUUCGCACAUGAUGCACCACAGUCACAAUCCGAACGGAGGCGUGCUGCCCCACCUGCUGCCGCAUCCGCACGAGCAGGUGCGUGUGGGUCUGCUGCAACCACCGCCGCUGGCAUAUGCGCCCAAUCCGGGUGGCUAUCGCAAUGGAGCACUUCUGGGUCCGGGACCGGGACCUGGGCUACAUCAGCAACACCAGUCGCCGCACCAGCAGCAGUCGGGCAUGCGUCCGCCGCUGUAUCGGAACGCCCCGCCAUCGUACGGCUACGACCAGGGACAUCCACCCCAGCAUCCGCCGCAGUUCAUGCGGCCGCACAACGGCUGGCGACCGCAGGGCGACAAUGCGCGCAUGCAGCGACCUCCACUGCAAACGCUGCCACCGCACAUGAUGCCCGGCGCACCGCCGAACUAUGCCAAUGGCAUGGGGAUGCGAGGACCGCCGCCCCAGCAACAGCAGUCGCAGCAGCCGCCACAGCAGCAGCCAACACCGCAGCAGGCGGGCAAUCCCCUACAGCAGGCCGUCAAUCCUGGCCAGCCGCCGCAACAGCCGAAUGGACCGCCGCAGCAGCAGGGCUCGUCAUCGGUGCCCCGGGUCAGCAAGGUGCUCAUCAAUCCGAAUUUCAAGGGCGGCGUUGAAGCGGCUACCAACAAGUUCAUCAAGGAGACGCACUUUAUGCCCGCCAUUAACAGCGAGGCCGAGUUGCUGCGCCAGCAGGAGGAGUUCAUCAACAAGAAUCGACAGUACUUUGAGAAGCGACGGAUGGAACGCUCGCCGCCGUCGUCGGGCUCCUCCACCGGAGCAGCCACCUCCGGCCAGGCAGGCGAACGGAGGCGAACACGUAGCCGCAGUCGCUCUCGUGGUCGCAGUUACUCACCCGUUAAGCGCGUGGAGAGGGAACGCGAGCGGGAGCGGGAGCGCGAGAGGGAUCGUGAAAGGGAGCGGGAUCGGGAGCGAGAUCGUGAGCGAUAUGGCGCCAAUCGGGCGGCAGGAAACCGAGGUUUCCGACGGGCAUCCAGUCGGGAUAGAGACGAGAAUCGUGGUGCAGCAAGCACCGCCAGUGUCCAAGGAGCGGGCGGAGCAGCAUCCAGCGGAGCUGCGCCCCCCAAGCGGCGAAGGAGUGGCUCGGCCGGAGGAGGCACUGCCCGCAAUCCAUUCUCUGGCGAGCCGCGCGGCCGACCAUCCGAAACAGGCAACCGCAGUAUGCCCAGCGACGAGGACGAGGAGACCCGCAACUAUCGCCUGGAGAUCGAGAAGCAGAAGCAACUGCGCGAGAAGAUCAUGCGAGACAAGGAGCUGAAGCGUCGGCGCGCAGCCGAGGAGAAGCUACACGAGGAGAAACGCGCCGAGCAGCACAACACUUCGCCAGCCCGCGACGACCAGGAAGUGGCCGCCGGACUAGGAUCUGCAGCGCCCACAGCAGCAGCGUCUAAGCAUCGGCCAGCCGCGUCAGUCGGCGAGCGCAAGGUGAUCUCGCUGAAGCGUCGCGACGACCAGGAUGCGGGCAGCGUACGCAGCAGGCAGGCACAGGGAUCGCAGUCCAAUGCUCAGGCAGGCCAAGGCCAGCAGCAGCAGCAGCAGCCGGCGCGCAAGCAACUAACGGCGGCGAAGAUAGCGCCAGAGGCAAAGCGCAGUAUAACCGAUCACCUGGCGCCAUCCUCCAAGCAGCAUCAUCAUCAUCAUCAGCAGCAUCAGACUGCAGCGGCGCCGUCGAGAACGGUGGUACUGGGAUCGGGAGCUGUGGCCGGCGGCACGCCGCCGAAGCCGCGCGAUAUGCUGCGCCUGGGCACGCCCAGCGACGAUGAAGUGGAGCUGGACUAUGAUGACGAUGACCUGCUGCUGGACGAGGAGGAUCGUUUGUUGGCCACGCCAUCGCCGCCGCCGCAGAAGGCGAGCAGCAAGAGAUCGGCCACGCCGGAGCGGAACCACAAGGCGAUGCGCGGCGGCAGCUCGACAACAGCGCCCAGCUUUAGCUCCAACCAGCGGCGAGUGGUGCUCAAGCCGACCAGCAAUGGCAGCAGCAGCGGCGGUGGAGAUCAGCAGCAGUUGUCGCACGGCGGCAGGCAGCGGGAUCGGAGGCGAGGUGGAGAGGAUAGCGCACUGCAGCGGAAAGGUGGAGCAGGCAGCGUUGGCGGAGGCGGCAGCAGCAGCUCGGGAUCUGGCGGAGGGAUCUUCGAUCGGCUGAAGAAGCGUGUGGCCGUCUCAGGAGGAGGGAGCAGCGGUGGAGGCGGCGGGAGCAGCCACAAGCAGCGAUCCAAGGCGCCCGCCCGCAUCGUACUCAAGCACGAUUGAUAAGAAGAUUUAGUUUAAGAAUAUAUAGUUUUCUAUAUCUAUCAUCGAUUAUCUCUGUAGUAGAUAGGAGAUGUACGACGAUGGGAUGUAGUGCAGUAAGCGAAACUUUAGCCUUAAGUUAAAAAAUUAUAAAUAGUUGAGCUGUCUAUAUAAAUAGCGGAUAAUACAUAUAUGUAGAUGUCAUGCAAUUGGUGGGUAUGCGCGAGGGUCUCUACCCCGUGCUACAUGCGGUAUGCGAAUUCAUUUAGCUUUAAGUGUACAAAUCUUAUCAAUGACUAAAACGUGCUUCGUUUUCUUAAUCGCUAUUUGUAUUUAAACGUAGGAUUAAUUGGAAUGCUUAAAGCUUGACCUGGACAACAAAACAAUUACCGUAGAUAACUUUAGCAACACAAACUAGGACCCAAAUGUGCAUACUAUAUGCAUGCUCAUAGUUCUUAGCCUAUGUAAUCAAGUGAACAAUAUUUACACCUCUACAUACAUUUAUAUAUACAUAUACAUAUAUUGUAUAUAUUUAUUUAUAAAUACUUCAAUUUAGUUUUAAGCACUGAGCGCCUAUUUUUUAUGAUGACAAUUCUACAAGAUUUUAUUGAAAGAAAGAGAAGUUGAGAAGUGCACAUGCUUCUUAGGAAUUUACUUUAAAUUUACCUUUAGUUAUUUGAAUUAUUUUAUACAUUGUGCCCCGUUGAUUGUAAAUGAAAUUUAUUGUCUGUUCGUUUGUGUUCUCUGUAACUACUAUAAACCACAUACGAAACUAUGUUUGUUUGUGAACUAGUUUAACUAAUAAACUUGAAAUAUUGCAGCAUAUAACGUAAUUGUACACACAAAGCAAUACCUUAAUGGCCUGGAAAAACGCAGACACAUAGAAUGCUACCGAUUAAUUGGUAAUGCAGAAUGAUCAAACCAUAAAAUACAAUAGCAUAGCACAUAGAAUACCACAUACCACUUAUCACUCACUUAACAAACUGGCCAGUUAAAGAGUAAUCAGCGGAAUAAAGUCUUCGUUGGUUAACCGCAGAAUUGAUGAUGAGCAAUGAUGGAUACCCUAGUAAUACUAAGUAAUUGUACAUAAUACAAUCGCACUAUUCGGCUAGCCACAUUUAUGUAAACACACCACACACACUUUCCUACGAAAGCUGAGAACAUAUUGUCCGAUCUAGAACAACAGCCAUAAACUUCACUUAGAUUACUUGCGUCUAAGAUAAUGCGAAAUGCCUAGACUAAAGAGAUUGUUAAAUUAUUGCCACUCCCGCUCCCCAGAAUUAUAAAUAUAUAUAUAUGUAUACUUAAAUCCUAGAGAGAUAUGCAAGGACCAUUGUAAUUGGACAGCAAGCAUUGUACUUUGCAACUAUUGCAACUCUAGAAACCCCAAUCGAUAAGCUAAUGAAUGGAUACGUUAAUAUGAGUCAUUUUUAUUGUAACUAAGCUAACUAGAUAAUGAAAAGGUAGAGGUAUAUCGCAAAUGCAGAUGACAUGAAAUGUACUAAAAUCAAUCUAUUAAAAACGCAUCCGAAUCCCAAUGCGGUACAAGCUUGACUUUUGCAUUGAUGUAAUUGGCACAAAGAGAUACAAAUGUAACUAUCUAACUAUCUAUAUGUGUGGCGAAGGUAAUUGUUGAUGCGGAGAAGGGGUCGCAACGCUAGAAAAUGAUAAGAUUUAAUGGGAAGCGCAUAAAGAAGUCGUAUAUGCCGAGGCAUAUACAUACGUAUAACUCUAGUAAUCGUAAUGCUACACACAAUAUGAUAUAAUAUAUGGACUAAUAAAAACCAAUUAUACCACGUGCACACAUAAAAGCGUGCGGCAGCAUAACUGUAUAAACAUCUAAAAAUUAUUCCAAGUGAUUUUAGCUUUUUAAGAACCAAGUCGAAACAAACUGAACACUCGUACUCGUAGUGGAAAACACGAAAUAGCGCAAGCAAAUGACAAAACAAAAAUUGAAAUGAUUCCAAUUUGCAAAUCCGAGUCUGUGAUUAUUUUUAUAUUAUUCUUAUUAUUAUGCAUAUACAUAUAUUACGAUAUAUAACAACUAUCCAUUACGGCCCCACCCCCACAGAUCCCCAACAUACUCGUAAUAAUUUUGUUUAUCCACCCCAGCGUUUUCCCAAAACUUUUCUUAUUUUGUACACCUCAAACAACUACAAGCCUAUAACUCUAAAAUCAAAUACUAGAAUUAAGUGCUAGUUAAAUCGGUUUGCGAUCAGGCUCCAACGCUCCAUUCUCAGUCAGAUAGAUUAGAUUACUAGGGAUUCGUCAUUUAUGUGUGAUAUACUAUAUAUAAAUUUGUAUAGUGCUGUAAUGCUUUUUUGCGGGAUGGGGAGAGUGGAGUGGAGUGGAGUGUUUGGAGCGAUGUGAUCAACGCCUAUUUAGUGUUUAAGUGCAUUAUAUUUUCGGGGCACCAGUUUCGAUACUGGGCCCCACACACAAGACAACACCACCAUCCUAAUAUUCCUCGCAUUUUCCCAGCUUUAGAUUUUCAGUUCGAAUCGCCAAUACAUUUUACCUGUGUAUAGUGUAUAGUUAAGAACCGACUAGCAGAAAUGCAAACACUAUUCGAUGUUAGUUAUCUAUAUAUGUACCUAGAAAGUUACUCUCUAUGUGUGCACGAAACCUAUCCGUAAAUUUAUUUAUUAUAAUUUUAAGCAUUUUGAACGAUAAUAUCUCUGUUUCUACACGCCCAAAGUUUUUUGAUUUGUUAGCCCUAGACAAAUAGUUUGAUUUUGUUAUAGUUUGUAACUUAACUUUUCUACUCCCCUUAUUGUUUAUGCCACUGUUAUCACGCCAAACUGUUCCUAACCCAAUCCCAUGCCACACCAAAUCAAUUACGUGUAAUAUCCACCAUUUAAAACUAACCUAAAAAUGUCAAUUCGAACUUUUUUCGAUGGCAAACGCAACUGUACCCCCAAUGCUCCUUAUUCCAUCACAUUCCCUAUCCCCCUCUCUCUCGCUCUCUGACAACUAUCUCUCUCUCUCUCUCUGACACCUAUAUCUAUCUCUUACCAUCGCAAUAGCUGUGUCUCUGUCUCGCGCGUGCACAUGCAUUAGAGCAGAGCAGAGAUACCCAGAUAUUAACCUAAUUGUAAUCAUAUAUAAAACCUAUACCUAAUUUUCUUUCAGCACUAUUCUUUGUACAAAUCGAAAGAAAAAAUUGACAAAAAAGAACGUACAAAAAAAUCAAAUCAAAUGAAACGAAAAGAAUGACAACAACUUAAAAACCAAAAAAAAAAAACGAAAAAAAAUGAGAAAAAAGGAAUGAAUAAAUUACAGAAAGUAGUUAGAUUGUGGGCGAGGUGCCACUUGACGAGGGAAGCUCCGCGGGCAGCUCGCCAAAGAACUUUUGAAGAAGACUAAAUAAACUGAUAUAUACAUGAGAAUACAUGAUAUAUAUAGAGACCCAGUCCUGUAUAUAUUUGUAUAUGUAUAUUUUUUACAGCAUUCAAA